AUGCAUGUUCUCAUGGCCUCUUCAACACUCAAUUUGCCUCUUCUCCUUUCUCUCAUCCUAUUCUGUAAUUUUCACCACUCUUCUUCCUUCUCUCUUUCCGUUGAGAAUCCCAAUGAACACAUACCAUCCUUACCCAAAGGAACAUUCACCGCAGGCUUCUACGCCGUCGGAGAAAACGCUUUCUGCUUUGCGAUAUGGUACACCCGCCCACCCCACACCAUUGUCUGGAUGGCCAACCGGGACCACCCGGUAAACGGAAAACGCUCCACGCUAUCUCUUCUCGAAACCGGUAACCUAGUACUCACCGACGCCAACCAGUUCCAAGUCUGGUCCACUAACAUCAUCCCCACUGUAUCCAAACAACUCCGCUUACAUUUGAACGACACCGGCAACCUCGUACUCCUCGACGAUUCCUCCAACCUUGUUUUGUGGCAGAGCUUCGAUUUCCCAACGGACACGCUUCUUCCAAAUCAACCUCUCAGAGGGAGCACCAAUCUCGUGUCCUCGAGAAGCGGGACCAACUACUCCUCCGGUUUCUACAAGCUCUUCUUCGACUUCGAGAAUGUUCUGCGUCUCAUGUACCAGGGCCCUCGAGUUUCCAGCGUUUUCUGGCCGUACGCGUGGCUUCAGAGCAAUAACUUUGGUAAUGGUAAUAGUAAUGGUAGAUCCACUUUCAACGAUAGCAGAGUUGUCGUGCUUGAUGAUUUCGGUGCCAUGGUUUCUUCCGAUAACUUAACUUUCAAAACCACCGAUUACGGGGCGGUGCUUCAACGGAGAUUGACCCUCGAUCAUGACGGUAAUGUGAGGGUGUAUAGCAUGAAAGAUGGAGAAAUAAAGUGGUCAGUAUCGUUGCUUUUUCGGCCACAACCUUGUUUUAUUCAUGGGAUUUGUGGACCCAAUAGUUAUUGCAGUAAUCACCCAAGAAGUGGAAGAAAGUGUUCGUGUCUUCCAGGUCACAAAUGGGUUGACAGUCAAGACUGGACUAAAGGUUGCAUACAGAAUUUCGAACCUUGGUGCAACAACAACACUGAGCAAGAGUCUCGCUUCGUACACUUGCCUGAAUUUGAUUUUUAUGGAUAUGACUAUGGCUUCUAUCAGAAUCACACUUACAAAGAAUGUGUGAAUCAAUGCUUGCGGUUGUGCGAAUGCAAAGGGUUUCAGUACAGUUUCGGGGAAAAAGAUGGUCUUGGUAGUCAGUGCUACCUGAAGACGCAAUUGCUGAAUGGGCAUCAUUCACAAGGUUUCUCGGGAGUAUUCAUUCUGCGACUGCCUUUGUCUCAUGACUAUGAGAACCCCCAACUUAGUGGUUUGGUUUGUGGGGGAAAUAGUGGAGGAGUGAAAGUACUAGAGAGACCGUAUGUGGAAGAAAAAGAAAAUGGAUCGGUGAACUUCAUGCUAUGGUUUGCCAGUGGCUUGGGCGGAAUUGAGGUUUUGUGCUUCUUUUUGGUGUGGUGUUUUUUGUUUAAGAAUAAUGCUGACAAACAAGCCUAUGUUCUUGCUGCCGAAACGGGGUUUAGGAAAUUCAGUUAUGCUGAAUUGAAACAAGCCACCAAAGGUUUCAGUGAAGAGAUUGGAAGGGGUGCUGGAGGUACUGUGUAUAAGGGCGUGCUGUCUGAUAAUCGAGUUGUGGCGAUAAAGCGACUACAUGAUGUUGCAAACCAAGGAGAAAGUGAGUUCCUGGCUGAAGUAAGCAUCAUUGGAAGGCUUAACCACAUGAACUUAAUUGGCAUGUUAGGGUUUUGUGCGGAGGGUAAGUAUAGGCUGUUGGUUUAUGAGUACAUGGAGAAUGGUUCUUUAGCUCAGAACCUUUCAUCGAAUUCAAAUGUACUUGACUGGACUACGAGGUAUAACAUUGCUGUGGGAACUGCAAGGGGUCUUGCCUACUUACAUGAAGAAUGCUUGGAGUGGAUUUUGCAUUGUGAUAUUAAGCCCCAAAAUAUACUUCUUGACUCUGACUACCAACCUAAGGUAGCGGAUUUUGGCUUGUCUAAGCUACUUAACCGGAACAAUAUGGACAAUUCAACCUUCUCGAGGAUAAGAGGAACAAGAGGUUACAUGGCACCGGAGUGGGUUUUCAACUUGCCAAUCACUUCCAAGGUGGAUGUCUACAGCUAUGGCAUUGUUGUCUUGGAGAUGAUAACUGGAAGGAGCCCAACAGCAGGUAUCCAAAUAACCCAAUUAGAAGCAGAAUCACAUCAUCAUGAGAGGUUGGUGACAUGGGUGAGGCAGAAAAGGAGGAAAGGAUCAGAAGUGGGAUCAUCUUGGGUUGAUCAAAUUGUUGACCCUGCUUUGGGAUCAAACUAUAAUAGGAAUGAAAUAGAGAUUUUAGUAACAGUGGCUUUGGAAUGUGUAGAGGAAGAGAAAGAUGUGAGACCCAGCAUGAGUCAUGUUGCCGAGAGGCUCCAAAGUCACGAACACAAUUCUUGA